AUGAGUAAGAGGGUGGCUGUCAUUGGUGUUGGUGCUAGCGGUAUUACGGCCAUCAAAUGCUGCCUGGAUGAGGGCCUCCAGGUCACCUGCUUUGAGAGAUCAGACCGAAUCGGUGGGCUCUGGGCUUACAGGGAGGACCGAGAUGGCGAGGGCUGCGUGUUUAAGUCCACCAUCGCCAACACCAGCAAAGAGAUGAUGUGCUACAGUGACUACCCCGUACCACAGGAGUACCCCAACCUCAUGCAUCAUUCCUACAUCGAGAAGUACUUCCUGAGCUAUGUGGACCACUUCGACCUGAAACGGCACAUCCAGUUUCGCACCGAAGUCAAGAAAGUCGCUCAGGCUGCCGAUUAUGACACAACGGGGCGGUGGCAAGUCACCACGAAGAAUCGCGACAGUGGGGAGACCAUCACUGAUCUCUUCGAUGCUGUGAUGAUCUGCACUGGUCAUCACACAACCCCUCACAUCCCUGACUUUCCAGGUCUCAUGGACUUCCAAGGAACAGUAACCCACACUCACGAAUAUAAAACGCCCUACCAUUUGAUCGACAAGCGAGUUGUCAUCAUUGGUAUCGGUAACUCUGCGGGGGAUGCUGCCGUUGAACUGAGUCAUAUUUCAUCAAAGGUUUUCCUGAGUACAAGGACUGGAGCUUGGAUUUUGAAUCGUGUGGGUCCUCAGGGCAAUCCAAUUGAUAUUAUGAUAAGAAGGCGAUUCCUGGACAUGCUUCCUGAUAGUUGGAUAGACUAUACGAUGAAGCGGCAGAUGCAAAGGAAAUUAGACCAUUCAAAAUAUGGACUGCAGCCUAAGCACAACCCAUCACAGGCAACUCCUCUAAUCAAUGACGUCCUACCAAAUCGAAUCCUAAGUGGUACUGUUAUUGUCAAGCCCAAUGUGGCCCGCUUCACCAAAACUGGGGUCGAGUUCGUGGAUGGGACAUUUGAGGAUGACAUCGACUGUGUGAUUCUUGCCACGGGAUACACAUUCAGCUAUCCCUUCGUGGACUGCCCGUCGUUCCAAGUGGUCAAGAAUGAGGUAUCGUUGUACAAGUAUGCCUUUCCCACUGACCUCAAACACCCAUCGAUAUGCACCAUUGGCUUGGUUCAGCCUUCUGGAUCUAUCCUCCCAGUCUCUGAGCUCCAAAGCCGUUGGGCUGCCCGUAUCUUCAACGGCCAAGCGCGUCUGCCACCCCGCCCAGAGAUGGAAGCCGCUGUCAAGAAGGCAAAAGAUGACACGAGUAAGCAUUACAUCCACUCCCGACAAAACAUGAUCCACGCGGACUUGAUUGAGUACAUGGACAGCAUCGCUGUUAAAAUAGGAGUCAAGCCAGAUUUGUGGAAGUUGUUCUGGUCGGAUCCAGCCCUGGCGCUUCGCUGCUUCUUUGGUCCUUGUUUACCCUACCAGUACCGCCUGAUGGGACCUGGGAAGUGGAAUGGAGCAAAGAAUGCUAUCAACACCAUGUGGGAGAGAGUCAAUGCACCGCUGAAGACGCGCCUCCCAGCUGUCCAAGAGAAGAAGUCAGCAAUUAUGCCACUGUGCCUCGGUUUGGCUUUCCUUGUCAUAUUCAUUGUAAUAUUCAUGUUCUUGUAAAACUCAUGAUUCAUCUUCACUCAGUGGAUCUAAUCAUAACAUAAUUUUAAAAAACUGUCCACACGUCAAUGAAACACGUCCAUUCACUGAUUUUGUGUAGCAUUAGUGGCAGUUUAUCAAAGAAAAACAUUGUACUGUUCCUGAGUGGGGGCCAUUAUAAGCCUUGAUGAGUACAUCGAAUUGUGUGUCUGUGCACUUGUUCUUUGUAUUACGCAGUUAAAUUUAUGUAUGGUGAUGCACGUGGGUGCAUAUAUGUCAAGAGAACCAAGGAUUCCUCUUAGAAAGCAGAGUUUGGUUUGGGGUAAGCAGUGGGCAUGCAUCUGUGCACAUUGCACUGAGAUAGAAUGGUGGGCUAGGAUUCUGUAAGAAUCUGAAUUUUUUAUUUUUCUACUUACAAGGUAGAUUCACUCCAGAGACUUACAUGUGUACGGAACUACGUACACGCAUAGCUUGCCAAUGAUAAUUUUAUGCCUUUGUACAUUUCAGAUUUUUUCAAUUUUAAAUGUAUGUUAUGCAUUGUCCAGUAAUUAAGUACAUGUUCAUUUACUGUUUAGCUAAUACAUAAAUGCAUAAAUGUGAUUUAAAAGAUAACAUUAAUUUGAAUAAAACUUCAUGCACUCGAGUUCACUUAUAAGAAGCAACAACUUCGAUCUAAUGUGCAUUUUCUUUUCAAUGAUCAAUCAUUUACAUUUUAGAUGCCGAUCUCAGCCAUGUACACAUAGAAAUCUGUAGGCUGCUGAGAAUGCAAGUUUUUAUGUAUCAGGGAUACAGAUGUGAAUGAUGUCACAUUCUAAAAUGAUACUUCAAGUGGUGUACAUGUUCAUGUAGUUAGUAAAACUAGCCUCCGGAGGUGAUCCAUACUACUGUAUUUUCCUGAGGCAAAGGCAAGGAAAAAUGGAGAGCUUCAUGGACCACCAUGAGAUAAAGCACAUGCAUGUUCAUAACCUCUCUCUCACAGAUUCAGCUUGGCUGGAGUGACAAAUGAUAAAUUUGAUCUAACUACAUGUAAAAAUUGGUCUAUUUAAAUAAGGAAUUUGUUUAAAAUUUACCAGCACUUUUCCAAACUACCUCUACCUCAAAAUAUUUGAACUGACCUCUGUCCCACUAGUGCUUGGGAAUGCACAUGAUAUGCCGCGCGCACACCAGUUAACAAUUGAUGCCUGUGGUGUAGGGGUCCAUGGUGUUUUGUACACCCAAGGGGGUAAACGGCACUCGAGGCGAAGCUGAGGGUGCCAUUUGCCC